AGGAAGCAGAAGUACUGCCGAAUCUGCGACAUCUUCCGUGCUCCGAGGAGCUCCCACUGUGCCAUAUGUGACAACUGUGUGGACAAGUUCGAUCACCACUGCCCCUGGAUAGGCCAGUGCAUAGGGCUGAGAAACUACAGGUUGUACCUGCUGCUAAUAACUCUGGCUCUGGCGUUCUACGCUUUCACCUUAGUGUUCUCGGUGAGAAGAAUUAGAGUGCAGCUGGAUGCUGCUGCCGGUGCAGGAUUUCUUGGUUUGCUGAGAAGUCGGCCUGAAAUGGUUGCUCUGGCGGCGUUCAGUUCCGUGGCUGUCUGGCUCCUCGCUUGCCUCCUUGCCUACCAUGUCUUCCUUGUAGCCAAGAACCAGACUAGCCAUGAGAGGCACAAAGAACGGUAUCGGAGUUCUCCCAAUCCUUACGAUAGGGGAGUCCUUAGGAACAUCAAGGAUUGCCUGUUUGAGAGUUUGCCUCCCCCUAGAGUCGAUUUCAGAGCCGUGGCCCAGCCAAACUUGAUGGAUCAGCAACAACAUUUGCCAUUGACAGUUCAUUCAGGCUGCUAG